UUGCGUUUGAAGUAUUAUUAUAUUAAAAUAAAAUAUAAUAAUAGCAAUACUAAUCGAAAUCAUUCAAGUAAAAAGUGUGAGAAGCUAAAAAUGUACAAAAGCACGAAAGUAUUGGAAAAACGAGUGCUGUGUUUAUUAAGAAGAAAACAUGUUUGGACAAGGGAGAAAAUAGUUGAAUCUCCAUUUAAGAGAGUUGAUACACCAAACAUGACAUUAUGGGAAUAUAUGUGGCGGGACCUAAGCAAAUGGGAAAAGAAAGCAGCUGUUAUAUGUGGCCUUACUAAUAGGCAAUAUACUUAUUUAGAAAUAAACAAACAAUCACAAACAUUAGGUGCAAAUUUACGAAGGAAAUUUAACAUAAGAGAUGGAGAUACAGUUGCAGUUAUGCUUCCAAAUGUACCGGAAUAUCCAAUUAUAGCAUUUGGAAUACUAUCUGCCGGUGCUGUGAUAACAUCAUUCAAUCACCUUUAUACGCCUCACGAAUUGCAGUCGCUGAUAUCACUUUCAGACUCCAAAGUUAUCAUCACAUUACCUGAAUUUUCAUCGGUUAUACAAAAGGCUUUAGCUCUUGUGAAGAAAGAAAUACCAAUCAUUUGUGUGGACUAUGAACAAAGUGUUUCAAAUAAAAAUGUAUCGUAUAAAGAACUUAUAAAUGAUAGCUGUAUAGAUUUGAGUAUUUUAAAAAACGUAAGAAGGGAGCCAACAGAUGUAGCAGCACUUCUAUACUCCAGUGGAACCACUGGUCUCCCAAAAGGAGUGGAGCUUACUCAUAUGAACAUUAUUUCGAAUUCUGAACAGCAAAGCACAGAGUGUAUGAAAUAUGAACCAACAACAGAUAGCCACCAAGAUACAGCAUUGGGUAUUUUUCCUCUAUCACAUAGUUCUGGUUUCGGAAUAAACUUAUUCCAUACAUUAUCUGCUGGUGUAAAGCUAGUUCUUAUAAGGAAAUUCCAACCAGAAUCAUUUGUAGAUGUAUUGGAGAAACACCAGUUGAAUAUAUGUCUCAUGACGCCGCCAACAGUUCUAUUUUUGGGUCAAUAUCCAAAAGUGACAGCAAAACACUUACAGCAUGUAAGGUAUAUUGGUGUAGGCGCUGCACCCAUACCAAAAGCAGAUAUAGAGCGACUUUUAGUAAAAGCAAAUACAAAUAUAUACUUGGGUCAAAUUUACGGACUGACAGAAACGAGCCCUGUUGCUUCCUCAAGCCCAAUCACAUACAAUAAUAUUAUAUCGGUUGGAUUCGCCCUGCCCAAUGUCUCGUUAAGAGUGGUUGAUUCGACAAUGAACAAUUUAGGCCCAAAUAAACUGGGGGAGCUGCUUAUCAAAGGACCUAAUGUAAUGAAAGGAUAUAAGAACAAUCCAGAAGCUAAUGCUAAUGCCUUUGUUAAUGGAAAUUGGCUAAGGACUGGGGAUCUUGUGUCCAUAGAUGAAGAUGGAGCGGUAUAUGUUGCGGAUAGAAUGAGAGAUCUUAUAAAGGUUAAAGGAUUUCAAGUGGCCCCUGCUGAAUUAGAAAGCCUUAUUAAGGAGAUACCUAAAGUUCUAGACGUAGCAGUCGUUGGCAUCAAAGAUGCUAGAACUGGUGAAAGGCCAAAAGCGUUCAUAGUUAUCAAUGAUAAAGAUAUAAAGGAAGAAGAAAUUAUGAAAUAUGUCAAUGAAAAGAUUACUUCAUACAAACAUUUAAAAGAAGUGGCUUUCGUGAAAGAAAUUCCAAAGAAUGCUUCUGGAAAGAUCUUAAAACGGAUUCUCAUAAAAGAAUACUGUUUGAGUCGUUCAACUGGUGUGGUAGUGUUUGUUACUAUGUCGAGUUUAGUGCGUCAUAUUAAAACUUUUAGAAGGCUUUCUUCAAGGGCUAAUCACAUUUGGUCUACUGAUAGAGUUGUACAGUCGCCUUUCAAAAAUGUCGAUAUUCCGGACAUGCCAAUCACCGAAUAUGUUUGGAAGGACUUGGAGAGAUGGUCGAAAAAAACUGCCGUGGUUUGCGGGGUGACCGAUAGAAGUUAUACGUACGAGCAGGUAUACAGACAGAGUCAAACGUUUGGAGCCUGCUUGAGAAAGAUAUUGAAUAUCCAAAAUGAUGAUGUCGUAGCUAUUAUGAUGCCAAAUGUGCCCGAGUAUCCCACUACUGUUCUUGGCAUAUUAACAGCUGGAGCAAUUGCCACUACUGUAAACCCAAUUUAUACUGCUUAUGAACUUCAGAAACAAAUUAUUUUAUCAGGAGCAAAAAUUAUUGUGACUAUACCAGAAAUAGUACCAGUUGUUAAGGACGCUAUGAAGCUAGCAAAAGUAAAUCUACCAAUAGUUGUUAUGGAUUUAGACACAAAAUGCCCUGACGGCGCUAUUUCUUACAAAGAACUUAUGGAGUCAAAUACGGAUCUGAGUGUUUUGAGUAACGUUAAAAGAAGCGCUAAAGAUAUAAUUUGUCUGCCAUACUCUAGUGGAACAACAGGUUUACCUAAAGGUGUGGAAUGGACAAGCACGAACAUCAUAUCAAACUGUGAACAACAAAACACGGAAAUAAAGCAGCACAAUGAUACAACAGAAUCCAACCAAGACACAGUAUUGGCAAACCUUCCUAUGUUUCACGCAUAUGGAUUGAGUGUUGUGUUAUUUCACAAAUUGUCACUUGGUUUAAAGCUGGUGACGCUGCCAAGGUUCCAACCGGAGACUUUUGUAAAGGCCUUCGAAAAACACAAACUGAAUUUGUUCUUUGUGGCUCCACCUACUGUGCUAUUCAUGGGAUUCCAUUCUGAACUAACGCCUAAACACCUAGAGCAUGUGAGGACCGUCAUAGUUGGUGCAGCACCACUACCGAAACCAGAUGUUGAGAGGUUCUUGAGAAAAGUUAAUAAGAACGUACAUUUUGGUCAGGCGUAUGGUUUGACAGAAACCAGUCCAGUGGUCACCAUGUGCCCUCCGAAGUUCGACAACUACCUGUCAGUUGGAUUGCCGCUGCCGAAUAUAAAGUUGAGGAUCGUUGAUGAUAACUUGAACAACCUGGGACCAAAUGAGGUUGGUGAAUUGCUCAUACACGGUCCCAAUGUGAUGAAAGGAUAUAGACAAAACGAAGAGGCGAACAAGCAAGUCUUCGUGGAUGGAUGGUUCAGAAGCGGAGACAUGGCCAGAAUAGACGAAGAUGGAGUGGUAUACAUUGCUGAUAGAUUGAAGGAAUUGAUAAAGGUAAACGCCUAUCAAGUAGCACCAGCGGAAUUGGAAAGUAUUGUAAAGGAACAUCCAGCAGUAUUUGAUGCAGCAGUCAUAGGAGUUCCAGAUCCGAAGACAGGACAGAAACCCAAAGCUUUCAUAGUUAUGAAAGAAGGAACAAAUGUGAAAGAUCAAGAUAUAAUGGACUAUGUUAAUACAAGAGUCGCACCUUACAAGAGAAUUACACAAAUAGAAUUUAUUGACGCCAUUCCCAAAAAUCCAUCAGGGAAGAUACUUAGAAGAAUUCUAGCGCAAAAGACGUGAAAUUAGUAUUGAAGAAUUUGACAUUAAGUACGUAUAAGUAUUAAAAUGAUGCGCAUGAUAUAUAGUUUUAGGAUAAAGGUUUA